AGGCGUAAAGAGGGCAGCAGUAAACUGUGUCUCCCCGCACAGUUGUUGUACUCGGCACAAGUUCAUAAAGCAGCCAGCACUGCAAUAGAAGAUUGCUCUCCUGCUAACUGCUAGAGCAGAAAAGUCAGCGCGAGUCAUGGCUUCUUCAUCGGUUUCCGACCUGGUGUCGGAGAUUAUCGCGAAUCCGUCCACUGUGCAGUUGGACGGUGCGAAGAUGAAAAUCGAGGACGCUGGGUUCCUGAGUUCCUUGCAGGAAACUGCGGUUGUGCAGCACUUUCUCGACCCUUUGUACUUGCUCACGAUUCCCUACAUUGUGGGACAGCCGCUGCUAUCAAAUGCACUGAUGAAAUGUCAUGAAGUGAAGCCGAAAGUGUGAGCGUGCGGUAUUGAGCCCUACUCUCACUAGGCUCGUGGUCAGGCAUGUCGUUGACUUCCAGUGCCUGAAUCAAGAAGCAUGUCCAAAGAAUAGAAAGCGAGACAAAAUAAGUUGUGCAGUGUCGCUUUUCAUCCGGGCACUUGACAAGGACCGGUGGUUGAAUCCCAAAUUUUUCUCCGAGUAUACUGCACCACACUUUGAAGAUAGCUGGGCUAUGCAUUGCACUAACUGUUACGCUCCUGUCAGCAAAUUUUUAUUUUGACCUAACCCUAACGGACAGUUCAUUUUCUUCCUUUGAUAGCUGUUUCGGCGGUUUGUGCAGACGACCGACGUGUACGAAAAGAACAAGAAGUUUUGCUUACCCAAAUCGAAAAGAACGCCCUCCAUCCUCGCCGUGUCAUAAUGAAAGGAGACUGGCGCUACAGUUGUAACGAAAGCACUGACUGGAACGAGAGGUACUGGUAAAUAUGUAUCGCUCGUGGUCUUGCGGGAAAAGAUAAAAAGAGGCAGUAGUCGUACGAAGAUGUGCUGUGAUCGACACAGUCCGGCGUUGAAGGACUGCGGCUAGUGGUCAUGCAGCAUCAGAAUUUUUAAUUUCAAUGUCCUUUGGAACAAGAAUGACACUUGUAAAAGAUGGAGGGGUAGUUGUUGAUCCGCAUAGUGCAAGAUGAUCAUGUGCGUGUACAACCUCGCCAUGGCUGCCUUUUCCUUGUACGCCUGUGUGGUGAUGGUCUACGCCAUGUGCACGGAGCUUCCGGCCGGCGUUUACGGGCUGGGGCACUACGAAUCAGAAACGUACGCGCGGAUUUCCAACUACUUUUACCUCUCCAAGUAUUUCGAAUACCUGGACACCUACUUCCUGAUUCUCUGCAACCGCCCCGUGAUCUGGCUGCAGUUCCUGCACCACAUCGGCGCGCCAUUGGACGUUGGAGUCUGGCACAACAACCAGGUUGAGGGCUAUCCAACCACCAAAUCUUGCGUCAAAAGUGAUCAUAUUCUUGUACCUGCUACAGAAGUCGCAAAAGAUGCUUGCGACCUACUCUUCUGGCUCUGCCCAUUUACUCGUCCGCUCUCGGUCGUUUUGCAUGUUGAAAGGAGCGGUACGGCGUUGAUAAUAUUGAUAGCGAAUGCAAAAUGUGAACUUCUUCGAUUCUUACACAACGAAGGAGAUAUGGCCUCGAGCAAUCGCACGAACAGGGGAAAACUCGAUUUGCAGCAGUUGUAUUUUUCAUUAUUUUGCUUUCUGUGACUUGACUCGAAAUUUGUUCUGGAUAAACGCACGUGGAUCUACGUAGUCUUCAACGGAUUCAUCCACACCGUCAUGUACUACUACUACGCGUGCUGCAUCAUGAAGUGGCCGUUUCCCUGGAAGCAGAUGAUUACCAACUUGCAGGUACCACGCUUUUCGAAAGAAGUAUAUUUAUGAGUAUGUGAGUAAAAGUAUAUGAACGAAGAUGUGUACAUCAUGCGUCUCUUCAAUAUGCGCAAAAAGAUUUUGAAUAAAACUAUGCCACAACAAACUCCAGUUGUUGCAGUUUGUGUCUGGGUUGUGUGUCGUGUUGCCGUACCUGUUCGUGCCGGGAUUCUGGGAAGACGACGCGAAGCGGACCGCUUUCCUGUUCAACUACGGCUACGUGCUCAUGAACCUGACCAUGUUUAUCAACUUCUACCGGCAGACCUACUUGCUGAAGAAGAAAGCGAACCAGCACAAACAAAAAGGCAAGGACGAACAACACGGAGCCGCGCUGUUGGGUAAAAACGGCAACGGACCCUUGGAGCUGCAGUCGCAGACCACGAUGAACAACAAGGGCAACGCCAGCUGCACAGGUUCUUCUGUCGCGACGCAGGAGGUCGCGGAGAAAAAGGACUCGAGCAUCAAAGGCAAGGACCUCGUGAUCUACUACAAGGGUCAGCCCAUCCGCAUCACAGAAGAAUGGCAGAGGAAGCACCCGGGCGGGGUGAAGGUACUGCGGAUUUUUCACCUGCGGGAUGCAACCGACGUGAUGCUGGCAAUGCACUCGGACCAAGCCCGGCGCCUCAUUGAGACCAUGGCGAAAGUGUCCUCUCCCGAACCGGAGCUCGCCAAGAUCCCGCACGAACCUAGUCUGUACGAACAGCUCUGGGAAACUGCCCAGAAACGCGGGCUGUUCCGGGCCCAGGUUGGCUCGGAGAUGUGGAAGGCCUUCUACAGCUUCGGCUUCGUCUUUGUGGGCAUGUACUUCGUGUGUGCGUCCGCGGGCGGGGCGGAGCCGCGGUUUUUCGGCGGACUGUUGUCGAUGGCCUUUGGCUGGUACCAGCUCGGGUGGCUUGGGCACGACUGGUCGCACCACACCAUGCUGGUGAAGAGCACCACCCAGUUCUGUAGGGUCAAUGACUGGAUGGCCUGGGCGUUGACCAUCGUGCGCCCAACCAGCGUGCUGUCCUGGAAGCUGCGGCACAACACCCACCAUGCGGUUAUGGCUUUCUCGAACGUUGUGUGGAGAUCGACAUCUUAUAUAUCUAAAUAUGUUUUUAUUUUCUUGGUUUGUUCAUGCACCAGAUGAAGCUCCAUUCAUUGGGUCGGCCGUCGCCUAGUCAUAGUCAACAUAGAUUGAUAGCUACUUUGCAGGACAAGUUUGCGAUGCACUGAACAGCAACGAAACCCGUGCCAAAUUUGUAACGCAAGAAUCGUACACUCACACACAGCACGCUCCGACCUUUGUGUUCUUGCGUUACGAAUUGACAAAAGAUCAUGCAACAGAUGUCCACAGAAACACGUUUGGCAUCACCAUAGCGGUCACCAAUGAGAUCGACAACGACCCGGACAUCAAGCUCUCGCCGGUGCUCCACUUCUUCGAGGAUUUCACGCCUGGUCUGGUGACGAAACUGCAGCACCUGUAUUUCCUCCCACUGGUGGGGCUGGUCCCCCUGUUGUUUUGGCACGUGGAGUCGUGGAUCGCUUCCACCCACCACUGGAGCUCGAAGAACAAGGUAACUCGGGCGCACGCGCGGUGGGACGUGUUGGCGUUGCUGCUCCACUAUGCGUGCAUCGUGGCGCCGAUUUUUUACUGCUGCGGCUGCACCCUCUUCACCUUUGCCGGGCUGGCGGGGGCUUACUACCUCUCCGGACUUGCGAGCGGCGUCGUUGUAUUUGCGUCGCACUAUGGCGAGGAACGUCUCUCGGUGGAGGAUUUCGAGACCUUUCUCGUGAAGAGGACCGCGACGAGCAACUGCAACUCGUCUACUGCGCACGGUCUCAGAAAAGAAAGCAACGAGGAACAAGUAGGCGAGCAAGAGGCACCGCAAGAAGAACCUCCAGCUUCCGAGUUUCUCAAGAUUCGGCGCAUUGGAUUGCUGGAGGAAACUGCGCGGACGGUGCGCAACAUUCGCUCCUUUUCGCGGACGAAAGUGGAGGAGGACGCGUGGUUUUGGCUCACGGGCGGCCUGAACACGCAGUUUGAGCACCACCUGUUUCCUUUGAUGCCGCGGUGCAACCUGCGCCAGAUGACCUCGCUGGUGAAAGAGGUGUGCGGCGAGCACCAGAUUCGAUUUGCGGAGGACAAUUUGAAAGACUGUGUGUCGAUCUGCUUCCGCCUGUUGAAGGAGAACGUGCAGCGGAACAUGUGUCGGCUGCACAUGUUUUCCACCUCGACCACAACACCUGUCACAACGGGAACAAGUGGAAAGAUUUUUGGAAAGCCGAACGAUAGUACGGGAGUUCCCGUCGAAGUAGAAGAGAGUGACUGUGGCGAGACGCAGCUUUGUUCGGCGGAGCGCUCCUUGACGACGUCGACCAAACUGAGCAAAAGUGUGCACACCGAGGCGUCUUUCCGGCAGUCCACGAGCACACUGAUGAAGGCGUUUUUGUUGCUGGUGUUGGGCUUUUUAUUCACGACGUCCUUCUCUUCUCCCGUCGGGAUCCUGUGCGGCGUCUUUCUCUCCUGCGUGGCCUUCGCGGGAAUAGACUGCGUGCGGGGAGACUGCGCCCAGAACGUGUUUUCCCCGAGCUCGCUGCAGAACCGGAUCCUGGGCGCACUGCUGGAGCGGCGCAACGUCUUCGCACUGACCUGCAUUGGCACCGUCGCGGCCAUGGGGUUGCUGCAUCGUCACGCCGUCGCCGGUGAGCCUCAUCUGCUCUCCUGUCUGUUCGUGCUCCCAACUUGGGAGACGGUGCUGUUCUCAAUGAAUUACUUCGUAGUUCCGCUGGUGUUGAUGCGGCUGAACCAGUGGUCUCGCGCCGAGAAGAAACGCGCCGGCUUCUCGCACAGCGCCAGCGGGACGAGUUCUUCCUCUUCUUCGGACGAAGAGGAGGAGCACCACCUGUCGCGGACCGCUUCGGUGGACAAGCUCGCUCCCGGGCUCACCAAGAAGCUGCAGAAAUGGGCCAGGGUGCUCGAGAAGGCGACGCGCCCGCGCGCCACGGAUCUUCUCGGGGGGCAGUCGCGAAACCUGCUGAGAAGUGGCACCACUUCACCGGCAGGCAGCGGCAAUCGUAGCGCGUUGCAUCAUGGGCUGCCAUUCGCCAAAAACCGCUUGGCCCAAAUUCCCAUGUACCGUGUGAAGAAUUGGAUGCGCGCUGUGGAGAAGGAUCUGGAAUCCUGCUACAACAAUUUCCUCGUCGAGCAGGAGCAGCAGGUCGUGGAUCUGUCAGCGGACCAGUUUCUUCGGGCCAGUGCGCACGGCCAUGCAGCUCCUUCGUGCACCAUCCGCGGACUGGAGGUCCUUGGCGACCUGAGUCCGGCCUUUGCCAACAUCAGCCGAAAGCAACGGCGUGGUGCGGCUUUCGGUGCCGCGAGGGACGUCGACGCCGCAGAGGACUCCACCUCGAAGAUGAAACACAUCAAUCCUGCGAGCUUGUUGAAGAAGCCGGCCUCCGACGUAUCCAUCGCGACCAGUUCUGCAAGCUCGGGAGACUGUUCGGAUUUUGAAGCCGACAGCGAUGUGGUCCCGCUGGCCCGUUCCUCUUCAAACGGCAGCUGCGACCAUGAGAAGCUGCUUGGUGCGGAGGACAAGACCGUGGAUCUGUCCUCCGAUAGUGCCGGCGAGGACCUGGUGAUGCAGCUGCCUCUGCCGCGCAGUCUCACUUGCUCCACAUCUGCGUCGUCACAAGAGGACCUCUGGUCUGGGGACGAGGAGGAGGAGGACGAGGCAGCGGAACGCCGCACAACCGUCGGGGACCUGGUUAGCUUCUUUUUGCGUUUGCUGCUGGCUCCGGUACAGCUGGGCUUUGAGAAGAUUUUCUUCUCCGGCGAUUUCGAGUUCUACCUGGUGAUUUCUGUGUACCUGCUGAUGGUCUAUGUGGGGAGUUUCUACUUUGCGUACACGCCUGUUUGCAUCGUCAUGGGCCUGCUGGGUCCCCGCACCGCCGGUCCCAAGUUCCUGGAGCGGCAAUUUCUCAAGUUGGAGCAGGCCAUUAUGGAGCAGGACGAGUCGGAGUACAAGUACAACAAAGCGGCGCAGGAGCACGGCGGCGACGCGUCGGCCACUGCAGGGGCCCGGAGCAAGACGAAGACGGCGGGUAUCUUCGCGUUCGGGCACCGGCUAAAUGUGUUCAUGUGCUUUUACCUCGGCAUCAACCACUUGCUUGCGUUGCACGCUUGCGUUGUGUUGCUUUGCAUGGGCGGGAAGGACUUGGUACUGCAACUUUUGGACACCGGCAUCCGAGUGGUGCUGGUGCACGCGGGCAUUCUGUCCGAAGAUGCCAUCCUCUCCCCAACCGACCUGGCGGCGCCGGUGAAGUGGCAAACGCUGGCGUUGUCCCUGGCGCUGUGGCCCAUUUCGGGGCUGGGGAUCACUGCCGGAGCGCACCGGUUGUGGGCGCACAAGAGCUAUGAGGCCGGGUCUGUGGCCCGCUGCCUCCUGAUGCUGUUCAACUCCAUCGCGAACCAGGGCAGCAUCUUCCACUGGGCGCGCGACCACCGAACGCACCACCUACACUCGGACACCGGCAGCGACCCGCACGACAGCAACCGCGGGUGGUUCUACUCGCACAUGGGCUGGUUGCUAGUCGAGAAGCCGGAGCCGGUGCGGUUGGCGGGCCGCAAGGUGGACGUGACGGACCUGCAGGCGGACGCGUUCGUGCAGUUCCAGAAGAAGACGGACCCGUGGUGGAACUUCGCGUGGUGCUUCGCGGUGCCCGCGUUCGUGGCGGUGUUCGCGUGGGACGAGACCCUGUGGAACGGGUUCUUGUACGCCGGGGUGCUGCGGUACGUGUACGUGUUGCACUGCACCUGGGCUGUGAACAGCAUCGUGCACACGGACUUCGGGCCGUCCCCCUACGAUCCCGAGCACCCGCCGUCCGAGUCCCGCUUGGUCUCCUUCCUCGCCAUGGGGGAAGGCUGGCACAGCUGGCACCACGCCUUCGCGUUCGACUACGCCACUGCGGAGCUGGGCUGCCUGCAGCAGUGGAACCCCACGAAGCUCUUCAUCGACCUUCUGGCCGCCUUCGGGCUCGUGAAGAACCGGAAGCGGGGCACCCGGAUGUGGACGGAACGGAAAAACCGGAUGCAGAAGAAGGCUGCCGACCGAGGCGAAGUGAUGAUCGAGUCGCUCUCCGGCCCGCCGCUCUGCAAGGUGCGCAACUUGAAAUUCGAGCCCGUCGUGAAGCAGCUGCCGCGAGAACAAGCAGAGCCCACAAAAGUCGCUUCCGUUGGUGCAGAUAUGGCCGAGGGUGGGCAGCUCCGGCUGCAGGAGGGCAAAGAGCCGACCUUGGCGAACUUUUCUGCCAAGUCGGAGCGUGAGGACGACUUUGCGCCCACUAAAAACGCUUCGGCUGAAGGGGCGGCCUGCUUGACGAAAAUGAAAACUCCAUCCUCGGUGUCCGCGGGUGCCCUGGACUUGAUCGAAGACAUCAAGGAGUGGGAAGCCGCAACGAACUACCUGACCAAGGAAAAAGUGAUGGCUGCCAUUCCCGCCCGGCUGAAGAAGCGUAGCGCUUUCUGGUCCGCAAGUUAUCUCUUUCGGGACUGCGUCUACUGUGCGGGGAUCUACUACGCAUUUCGCUUCCACGUCAUUCCGUUCGGAGCGGACGUUCUCGGCGCGCCCCGGUUGCUACUGAACGUUGUGUACGCGGCCUUAAUGGGCACGGCCGCCACCGGCGUUUGGGUGGUGGGACACGAGUGCGGCCACGGCGCCUUCUCUGAGUCUUCCUUGCUGAACGACGUGGUGGGGUUUGUCACGCACACGGUGUUGCUCGUCCCCUAUUUCGCGUGGCAGUUCACCCACGCCAAGCACCACAAGUACACCAACCACCUGACCCUGGGCGAAACGCACGUGCCGCCCGCGAAACCGACGUGGCUGCACAAGCUGUCCGACUCGCUAAAGCACGUGCCGGUUUUCUCGGAGAAUUUCGUUGUCCUGCUUGACCUAGUGCUGCACUUGGUGCUGGGUUGGCCCAUGUACCUGGUUUUCAACCUCACCGGGGGUCGCGUCAACUGGAGGGGCCAAAAGCUGAACAAGAAAAAGAACGUCACGCAUUUCUAUGCGGGCGCGUCCUCCGAAAUUUUUCCGCCCAGUUGGCACCUGCGCGUGAACCUGUCCGCCGUCGGACUGGUGCUCAUGGCCGGACUCCUGGCCGCGUGGGCGCAGCGGGCGGGGGUGGAAACCGUGCUGGUGUACUACUUUGGCCCCUACCUUGUCACCAACAUGUGGCUGGUGUUGUACACCUGGCUGCAGCACACGGACGAAGAGGUGCCCCACUUCGGUCCUGAGUCCUUCAGCUGGCUUCGCGGGGCACUGUGCACGAUCGAUCGGCCGUAUCCGAAGUGGAUCGACCACCUGCACCACAAGAUCGGGUCCACCCACGUCAUGCAUCACUUGAACUUCAAAAUUCCGCACUACCACGCCGCGGAGGCCACGGAGUGCGUAAAGCCGCUUCUGGGGUCCCUGUAUCGCUUCGACCCCCGCCCGGUGUUUUCCGAGGUGCUCUGCAACGUGAUCAAGACGUGUGAGCACGUCAAUGGUGUGCACGGGGUGCAGUUCUACCAGUCCACGUCCAAAACCGGCGGAAUCGCCAACUCCAUGAAACAGUUGUCGAAGUCUGGUACGACUACGAGCCACUACGCCAGCACGUCAUCUAUUUCAUCAGCGGCGACCCCCAAGAAGAAGUGUGCUGAUGAGGUGGAGGAUGGAACCACGGUGAAAAAGAUGAUCCGUUCGCCGACGACAGGCAUGCUGCAUCCGGUAGAGUUCCCGGCCGCUGCUGCGUUGAUAUUAAGCACCGACGAUAGCUGCACUAGUAACGCUGUCGACACCAAAAACGUGAUCAUGUCUUCUACUUCCGCUGUCACUCUCCUGAAGGGACAGGAGGAGCAGGAGGGGUCGAAGAUGAAGAAGCCGGAGGAAGCGACACAACUGGUCGUUGGUCUUGAUGCUAAACCUGACCACGAGGCGAAGAAGGAAGCUGCGGAGGGAUCGAAGAAAAUCGAGAUCUUCAUUGACGGGAAGAUUGUCGACGUGACCAGCUACACGAAGAAGCAUCCCGGUGGACGGAUUUUGGAGUUCAUGGCGGGGACCGAUGGGACGGACGCGUUCGCGCAGUUCCACCACCGGUCCGCCAAGGCAGCGAAGAUUUUGGCAAAGUUGCCAAAGCGCGAGCCCGUGAGUGCGAAGGAGAAAGCGGAAUUCGUGAACGUCGGUAACCAGGCGCUGCUUGCGGACAUCCGCGCACUGGAGGCGGAACUGGACGCGGAGGGGUACUUUAAGCCCUCUCCCCUGCACGCACUGUAUCGCGUGACCGAGAUCGUGUGUAUGCACGUCAUCGGGCUCGGGUUUUUGUACUACGCGGGCACGAGGACCACCGGCACCAGCCGGGGCACGGCCGGCGAUCAUUUUGUGGACUCCGUACUUUCCGCGACGUUCGUGCUUCUCGGUCUGAUCACCCUCGGAAUCGCGCAGGGGCGCUGCGGCUGGCUCCAGCACGAGGGCGGUCACUAUUCGUUGACCGGUUGGAUGAAGUUGGACAAGCGUCUGCAGCAGUUCAUUUACGGGUUCGGGUGCGGCAUGGCAGCCUCCUGGUGGUCGAACCAGCACAACAAACACCACGCCACCCCCCAAAAGGUGGGACAUGACGUGGACCUGAACACUUUACCGCUGGUCGCGUUCCACACCGGAGCCGUGACAGACACACGGGCGGGCCAGAAGCUGGUUGCCGGCCCGAAGCAGAAACAACUCACUCUGUGGGCGAACUACUGGCUGAAAAACCAAGCGUACCUGUUCUCUCCGUUGAUCUGUCUGUUGGUUGCGCUGUUCUGGCAACUCUACCUGCACCCCCGCCACUCGAUGCGCACGCAGAACUACGUAGAGCUGCUCUGGAUGACCUGUCGCUACGUCGCCUUGUUCGCGUUCCUGGUCGGGUCGCUGCAGUGGUCCGUUCUAGGAAGCGUCAUGUUUUACGUUGUCUACGUCCAGCUUGGCGCGAGCUACAUCUUCACCAAUUUCGUUACUCAAGCGAAACAAUUUCGAGUUAAAGUUAAUGCAAAGAACGGCACAAUAAAAAGGACAAUGCACACACAAACGCGGCACACGCUUUCAAUUUCUUCUCUGCAGCUUAGGGGCCGCAUCAAAAGAAAAAGAGGUAAAACUAAAAACGCAACCAUCUGAUGUGCGAGAACGACACUUUAUUUUCAUGGACACUUCAAAAAUCUUCAUCUUCUGCAUUGGAUUCGACUCGAAAUUUGUUUCGAUACGCACUGUCUCCCACACGCAUCUGGACGUCGUCCCCGAGGACGACCACCGGAACUGGGCGGAAUACGCCUCCGACCACACCAUGAACUGCGACAGCCACUUUCUUACCAACUGGUGGAUGAGCUUCCUCAACUUUCAGGUUCGCAUGGUUUUCGUAUAUUCAUACUUACAAUUUUUAUUGCGUCUGUAUCUGUAAAUAAUGCGUAGCAGCAGAAGUAUAAAGCAGUUUUGUGUAUUUCUCUUCCUACACCUGUAGUUGCGCUUGUGUCUAACAGCUACGUCGCUGGCAUUUAGAAGCAUCUCCGAUGUUGAGUACCACUAUCCUAAGACAGGAUCACGAAGAAUCAGAACACAUAAAGUAUCAGGCAAAGCAACUGAUUCCAAGUUCCUGUGCUACUACUUUUGCAAAAUGAAAUUCAAUAAUAUACAGAUCGAACAUCACCUGUGGCCGCAAAUGCCACAGUUUCGCUUCCCGAAGAUUUCGCCGCGUGUGCGUGCCGUAUUCGAAAAGCACGGGAAGGAGUACAAAAGCUUGCCGUACUGGGAGGCGAUCCGCAUUACGCUGAAGAAUCUGGAUGAAGUUGCGCAGGAGGCUUUGGAGAUGACCCGGACGAAGAUCGACUAAACAUGCAUGCUCCGCUGGAAAGAAUUUGAUAGACAGCGUGUUUAAGUAUUUAGUUUAACGAAGUUGUCUAUGAAGUAGAAAUUUCGAGCUACCAAAUUCCGAGCGGCUGAUGUGGAAAAUGAUAUCUUCCUCCACAUAGUACUAAACUAUUACUAUGCCUCAUCGUCACGAUUCGAACCUGUGUCCGCAUCGGCAAGAAGGAGCUAUUGUCCGCUAUUUUCCACGAAGGAACUACGAGUGAGUUUUUGUAUGAGUUGUCGUGAUUAGCAAUAGCAUAUAUCAUAUGUUUCAUCCAUCUUCCGAGAAGAUCAUUUCUUUUAAGGAGCAUGAACAUAAGCAGUACUCUAUUUAUAAUGGUCUUUCUAAUACGAUGAGGCCACGAGAAAUUCUAAUCCAUACGAUUGUCGUUGCUGGUGUCGGGGAGCACUAGCACGACUUGUAGUGGAGAGGAUGCUCCCAAGAACCUAGUUGUGCUUACAAGCUAUUUGCCUCUACAAGAACUGGCGCUGACGAAGAUGUCCACAUCAACAGUUUGACGCUUUCCGUUCCCUAUGAAUGUUGAUUAGGUAUGGGACAACGACAAACAAAUGCACAGCUACUUCUAAAAAAGACCUUCGGUCAAUGCAGCUACUGCAGCCACCGCGGGUUAACGUGCUACAACAGAUAAUUGAUUUAAGUAAGAUUAUCCAUUUUCGUGAGCUUUUUCCUAUAUUUUGUUUUUGGUCCGAUGUUGAAUGUAUUUUCUUUCGUGUGUAAUUUUCCUAGUCCGGUAAUUGGUGUUUAGUUGUUCUAUUUGUAUUUGUUUUUGCCCAGGGAGACUUUUUACGAAAUGAAAUGCUUUAUCGGGUGCGGUUUGCGGUGGGUAACAUGCAGCAGCUUCUUUACCCUGAGUUGCUACUGCUAUUGUUCUAUCAAAUGUAAAAAUGUCUGGGUCUGGAAACUUGUGAUGCUGGGUGGCGUCUCAUGAUGAGGCUACAAAUGCUGGCUCAGCAUGACAAGUUUCUGAGCUCCUAGGUGUUGCCUAUUCUGCAUGACAAACUGCGCUCCUGCAUCACAGAAAAACGGAGCGCUUGGGUAACGUGCAUGACAGAUUUAAGAGCCAUGCCAGACAAGCAUGACAAACAUGAAUUCUUCCAGACCCAGACACUUUUACAGUUGAUAUGUUCCUACUUCUUCCCGUUUGCGAACCUUUUUUUGGUGUUUUACUUUUGUACUUAGAUAGACUUCUAACCAACAUACUCAUAGUACAGAAACAUAAAUGUUUCUUUAUCCUUGGUCAGAACCGUGAUUCGCUUUGUGCAGGGAAACUUCUUUUGCAGCGUUUUUUUACAUGAGAAAUGUAUCGAUUCUUUGUUUCCGCUUCGAGAACGAGAACCACAGUACGAAGCAUUUGGGUGCGGAAGUAGCUGUAGGUAGGAGCAAGAAGCAAGCUCUUUUAUUUUUGGAACUCUACUACUUACAUCGCGUCUAUCUUGCUUCUUGAACUUUCUUGAAGGUGGCCGACUAAGUACUCCGUUGCCACCUGCUCAGAAUGCAUUGAGCGUGUACUUAAUCUUUUGGAAGAUCAUGUGCAUCAUUUGUGUAAUAUGGGGAGGAAAGUCGAGCUCGAGGCACAGUCACGUGGAGACCGAUGCAUACAUGUGUGACUGCCUUAUUUCAUUUUCUUUCACAUAGACGCGUCACGCAUGCUUUUUGUUGUGCGGCAACGUCGUAAUCAUGUUCAUAGCAUUCUGACUCGGGAAAAAAACUCAUGGUAUUCAAAGACAUUGAAAGUCGUCAAACGACCAUAACAAAGAAAAAGAUCGGAUUUGCAUUGUGCGUUGUACCCUACAGAACCAGGAACAGCAACUGCAUCUGUGCAUGUAGGAAGCAGCUACAAUUUUCAGAUCCCUUCUUGUCAGAAAACAUAUUACACUCAU